GUUUGGAGACGCCGGCGGCUAGGCGAUGGCAGGUUCAGAUGUGCGACUGCGUGUUGGAGCCGUUGAGGGUGGUUUUGCUGCAGAUGGAUCCGAUGAACUGCCGGACCUGUCCAAGCAUAAGAGCCUUGCUGCAGAGGUCUUGUUGAAGAGAUCUGACCUGUAUCCGAAGAUGAAAGACAGGCAAACGAAGCUGGGUAUCCGCCUGGCGCGGUGCAUCAAGGCGGCUGUGGACACUCCGGAGAGUAGUGACACUUGUCUCUAUGCUGGUGACGAGGAAUGCUUUGAAGAGUUUGCAGAACUCUUUGAUGUUGUCAUCGCUCGCAUGCAUGGUUUGUUGCCAGCAGGGGAGGUGAAGAGUUGUCGACCUCAACGACCCAAAACCUUGAGCCCCGUGAAGCCAGCGGCCAAGAGACUCGAGGGACUCGGUACGGAGAUUGUCUCAGUGCAGCUCCGCGCGGCGCGGAACAUCCGCGGCUUUCGCUUCCUGCCAGCCAUGGACCGGAAAGAGAAGGCCGAGGUCGAAAUGCUGAUCGCAAAGGCAGUUCGGGGCCUUGCUCCCGCCGUCACAGGCGUUUACCUGCCACUGCGGCAAUCCCUCAGUUAUGCACCUCGUGCAGGUGGCAUGGAUGAAUUUGAGGAGCAAAGGCUCAAGGCUGCUGGUCUUCUCUUUGACAUUUCGGAGUCUGAUCCGAUGAUUGCCAGUGGCACCUGCCGAGACUGGCCGCAUGGUCGCGGUAUCUUCACCUCCAGCGACCGAAAGAUGGCCGUCUGGAUCAAUCAACAGGAGCACCUCACAAUGAUGGUGCUGGGGCAAGACUUGCACGUCGCCUACAGGGAGAUGCAACGGGCCUUGGAUGGCCUGGGAGAGAUUCUGCGGCGGCGACAACCUGGAGAGACGCAGGCGUUUGCAUGGACGGAGAGGCUUGGAUAUCUGACCUCGGACCUGCACGGCCUCGGUUGCAGUUUGGAGGCGGCUGUCAUACUGAAGCUCCCUAGACUUGCACAGAUGGAGGCGUCCCAUCCUUGCAGUGCAGCUGGGAGCUGGAGGGCCUGGGCUGGCUUGAUGCGAGUGCAGGUCGAACCUGUUAGUGCUCUGGAAGGCCGAAGUGUUGAACAUUGCUUCCGGAUUUACAACAUGGACACCUUCAACAUGUCUGACGGAGAUGUCCUGGAGGCGGUUUACGAGGUUGCGAGCCGUUUGAGCAUUGCAGAGCACAAGAUCCAGCACUUGUCGGACUCGGAUGAGCUCUUCCCAAUUCUCACUUCCGACCUCUCAACCGAGGAACAUGCCAAAACUCAAAGUUUGUUGAGUGUUUUCUCCACGCUAGUUGGAGAUGAAAAAGCGACACAGGCAAUGGUUGCCCAGCUGAUCAAGGCCAACGAUUCAAAAGAGAUGCAGGUUUCGGCACCCGAAGAGGAAGACAUUAACGACCUCAAAGACAGGGUGAAGAAUGCGAUGCUGUCCAAACUGAACGAUGGCUCACUGGAUGAGGCUGUUGAGAAUGCAGCGCACGCAGCAGGUGCUCAAUACUUCAGUGACCUUCCUCCACCUCCACCUCCUAUGGAGGGGCUAGAAGAUGCUGAUGAUGAGCAUGUGAAUGCCUUGGUAGAUCACAGAGGAGGUCGAUUGAAAGAGGUAGAGCUGGCGCACACGGAGGACCUAAGCGAUGUGCGGCGAAGAGCUGCUGACUUGCUGACAAAGGCAGCUGACACGGGUGAUUUGGGCAAGAUACUGACAGAGGUGAAGAAGGAGAUGUUCGUGGAGCUGAGAGGGAAAGUUGCUCACCUGCUCUCAGAGGCUGCAGACACUGGGCAGUUGGAGAAGAUUCUCGAAGACAUGAAGAGCAAGCAGGAUCCGUUCGAGCUUCGGGAAAGGGCUGCAGCCCUUCUCACCCAGGCAGCAGAAAACGGUGACUUGGAGAGGAUUCUGGCAGAAAAGUCCAAGAAGAAGGAACCAUCCCUGGAGCUGCGACAAAAGGCUGCAAACCUGCUGACGCAGGCAGCAGAAAACGGUGACUUGGAGAGGAUUCUGGCAGAAAAGUCCAAGAAGGAACCAUCCGUGGAGCUGCGACAAAAGGCUGCAAACCUGCUGACACAGGCCCAAGAAAAUGCAGCAGAAAACGGUGACUUGGAGAGGAUUCUGGCAGAAAAGUCCAAGAAGGAACCAUCCGUGGAGCUGCGACAAAAGGCUGCAAACCUGCUGACGCAGGCAGCAGAAAACGGUGACUUGGAGAGGAUUCUGGCAGAAAAGUCCAAGAAGGAACCAUCCCUGGAGCUGCGGCAAAAGGCUGCAAACCUGCUGACGCAGGCCCAAGAAAAUGAACCAUCCGUGGAGCUGCGACAAAAGGCUGCAAACCUGCUGACGCAGGCAGCAGAAAACGGUGACUUGGAGAGGAUUCUAGCAGAAAAGUCCAAGAAGGAACCAUCCGUGGAGCUGCGACAAAAGGCUGCAAACCUGCUGAUGCAGGCAGCAGAAAACGGUGACUUGGAGAGGAUUCUGGCAGAAAAGUCCAAGAAGGAACCAUCCAUGGAGCUGCGACAAAAGGCUGCAAACCUGCUGACGCAGGCAGCCGAAACCGGUGACUUGGAGAGGAUUCUGGCAGAGAAAUCCAAGAAGGCAAAGUCUCAAGAGCUUCGGCAAAAGGCUGCGAACAUGCUGGUGCAGGCAGCUGCGGAUGGGUCUCUCGAACAGAUCUUGGAACAAAAGUCCCGCCAGGACGCUGCAUCCAGUUUUCAGGACGACAUUGCCGGAAUCCGCCAAGCUGCAAGAGAGUCAUUGCUGGAGGCUGCUCAAAACGGUAGCUUGGAGAAGGUCGUUUCCGACUUGAAGUCUGGAAAGGAUACCACAAUUUCCACCCGACAACAAGUGGCACAGCUGCUGAAUCAGGCCGCGGAGACUGGUGAGCUACAAGCAGUGCUCAGGGAAGUUCACCAAAAGGGUGAAACCGAUCGUCUUCAAGUGCAACAGAUGUUGCUGGAGGCAUCAGAGACUGGAAAAUUGGAGGAGGCACUGGAGCAAAUCUAUGGAAAGGAGACUCUUCGAGACGUCCAAAAGCGCACUGCCGAUCUCUUGGCAGAGGCAGCCGCCAACGGCGACUUGGAGAAGGUUCUUGGAGACAUCCGCAAAAGCGAAGAGGCAGAGUGGCUGCGCACGCGGAUCACCAAAACCUUGGUGGAGGCCUGCGACAACGGCCUCUUGGCCCAAGUCCUGGCAGAGCUGAAAGGAGCGGUGAUGGCGGUGAUGGCGGUGAUGGGUCAAAGCCAAUGGUUCCAUACUGGCUGCAGCUCUGCCAGCUUCAGCGCCAGUGCCACGCUGGAACCUGCAGCCAUCAGUUGGAACGUGGCUGAUACUGACCUGGCUGACGUCUUGCGGAAACGUAUGGCGCGUGCCAUGCAACAGGCAGUUGAAGAUGGCAACUUGGAGUUGGCCUUGCGCUCCGUUUUGGAGGAAAGGACAGCAGAAGGACAUCAGGCACCCACCGAAACAGUAGAUGAGUUGCGCACCAUGUCUCGGGCUCAGAGCGAUCUCAGCUCUUGCCCAAGCUGA